AGACAAGUCGUCCUGCUCAAGAGGACAGUGCGGUGGCAGACCAGAAGCGGUUGCGUAAUCGCCUGUCUCAGCAGGCUUAUCGGAAGCGACAAACUGCGUACAUACAUGAGCUGGAGAGGCGACUCGAAAACGCUAGUAAGACAGAAAAUGAAAGGAUCAUACAGCUAGAAGAGGAAAAUACUUUUCUCCGCAAGAGGCUCAGCACGUUCAUUGGCAAACUAGAAAGUGCCCAUGCAUCUCUUAGGGCGCUUUCCCAGCAGAUGAAUGCGGCCUUGGGACCCGAUGCCAACUUAUCGGAAGCUGAUGCCCCAGCAGUCUCUGGGCUUUCUCAACCCCCGGAACCGCCAGCUCAGAGAACAUCAUCUGGGCUGUAUCAUCACUUAGACCCUGCUUCCCCAACUGCACCUUGUCAGUGGUCUUCGUUAUUGCCAAUUUCCUCAAGUACUGUGGAUCAGAACUUGGAUGUAGAUGUAUCUUUUAACAACAAUCUGGGGCAUGAUGCAAGUGAACAGCAAUUUGAAGAAGCACCUCUCAAUAUACCACACACUGAGCCAAUUCAAUCGAACUUCGAUGCCACAGGUAUCCAAGGAAAUAAUUCAGAGCUCAAUAUCCUAUCCAAUAAUGUCUCAAUGUCCAAUGUUUCGAUCCAUGGUGUUCCGGGAGUGUGGUCGUAUAACUAUCAGAUGGGGCCUUCAACAUAUCGAACAGCAAUGUCCAACGUUUCCAGCGUCGGAAAAGUGUUCCAUAUCUCCAACUCUGCAUUUUCAGACCACAUAAAUAUUCUACAUCGUUGCGUACAAAGCAAGUCGCGGCUUUUGAAUUGUUCUGAUUCACAAACCCGGAACCUACCUAAGGUCCACCUCUCUGUUUCUCUCAUGCUGUCUUUGUUCAACAGUAUCUAUCGGCCUCUUGCAAUGUCAUGGUACACACCAACCAAGUUCUACUACCACAUCACUAGUCUGACCAUGUGGCAACUAAAUCCCACUCGCGAGCUCUACAUGCAGCUGCCCAUGCGAUACCGGCCUUCGGCACUGCAGCUUUCAGAGAGUUAUCCACCCAUCAUUGACUGGUGUCCGUUUCCUUCAAUCCGAGAUCGGCUCAUAAUGCUGCAUGCUGCCAACUCGAACAUCGACCAGAUCAUAUGCGACAUCGCAACAGCAUACGUUAUCGAAACCGACAUUUCCACCAUUAUCCAACUUGACCGACCGACAUUUGGAUAUAUCCGAGUCUGGGAUCUUAUUCAAGCGAUGGACGAACCUACAGAUUGUCUGUCCAGUAAUGCCCCCGAAAGCCUUGCUACCACCAACCUGGCAGCCUACCAAGCGGAAAUCAGCAGUAUAGAGCAAGAGACAGAUUUCCAGGAAGUCAGUUUGCCUGCUCCAAGCAUGGAAGCUUUAUUUCAGACAGACAAGUAUGCUCGUCUUGCAUUCAAAGAGCUUCGCAUGGACGAUGGCGUCGCUCGAUUCAAGUUAGACCCGUUGUUAUUUGAGAAAUACCCAGAGUUGUAUGAGCCGGGUGAUACCAUCGUUGCAACAGGGUUAGCUGUCAGACCAGCGCAUCUGACUUCUAUCCCUACGCCGAGGGCUGUCGAGCAAUCUACUUUGAGGAUCUAUAAUAAUUUUGCAGAUUGGUGCUUUAAUAUGAUUUCUUCCAAUAGCAUUAUGCAUAGUUGAUGUUGUCCGUUGACCACAGUCUAAAUGCAAGAUUCUUGUAUUUUCCCGAUGCUAG